AUGAAUCGCAAACAACGACGCGCCAAAGCCUCAUCGAAUCAACCCACCAGCCAGACCGCAGACGACAUCCCCCUCGCCAGACCCGACACGACAUCGCCCUCCCGCAAGACUAAGGCCAAAACAUUGCUCGAAAUCGCCGCGGAGCGUCAAGCACAACUCAAUCCCAACAGAUCAGUAAACAAAACCAUCUCAAAGCCCGAGAAUAUCGUGCAGCUCAAAAUUGGAGAGGACGGCCAGAUCAUCAACGACCCGGCUUCCGCCUCAUCAUCACUACUGAACCCUGAUUCAGAAAAUGGGUCCGAACCAGAAACACCCUGGCUCGACACUUUACUGCUCGCCUCCACUCUCUCAGCCGUCCAUUUCACGCUCGAGGUGUUGACCGUCCACCAAUACGCUCAGGAACUCCACUUCCCCCCCAUCAUCGCACAUACAACCUUCGUAGCCUUUCCGACGCUGACGGUCGUGAUCGCGCUGUUCCAUGGCGUCUUAUUGCCCAUUUCGCUGCCUCAGGCUGUACGGCUCUGGGUCCUUGCGCUGCGCCAGGUCGUUUACGUGCUCACGGCGAACAUUGCCGGUUGUUAUUUAAUCCAACUUACGAAUGAUAAGGGGUACUAUGCGGUCAUGAAGAAUGCGCCCGGGAUAGGCACGAUUUGGGUCUGGGCGGUGUUGGAAUUGGGGUUGACGGGCGCGUUAGCCGGUGUGGUUGGGCCGGGGAUCUUUGCUUGGUGGUUUGGAUAUGGCAUUUGGUGA